AUGUCAGCUAAAAGACUCAUUACCUUGAAUAACGGGAACAAAAUCCCAGCCUUUGGAUUAGGAACUUACGACAUCCCCAAUUCAUCCACGGCACAAGUAGUAUAUGAAGCUUGUAAAGUUGGUUAUAAACAUUUUGAUACCGCAGUGUUAUACGGGAAUGAACGUGAAGUUGGGGAAGGGAUUCACAAAUACUUAACCAGUACUAAUACCAAUAGAGGUGAAAUUUUUUAUACAACCAAAUUAUGGAAUAGCCAAUUGGGCUACCAAAAUACUAAACGGGCAAUCAAGGACAUUUUCAGUAAAGUAUCGCAACUAGAAUACAUCGAUUUAGUCCUCAUUCAUUCUCCUUUACCAGGGAAAACGAAAAGAUUGGAAAGCUGGAAGGCUUUAGAAGAAGCGGUGGAAGAAGGACUUAUCAAGAAUAUCGGGGUUUCGAAUUAUGGUAUUCACCAUAUCGAUGAAUUGUUAAGCCACUGCAAAAUCAAGCCAGUAGUCAACCAAAUCGAAAUCAGUCCCUGGUGUAUGAGACAAGAAUUGGCCGACUACUGUUUGCUGAAAAAUAUCCAAGUGGAAGCCUUCAGUCCCUUAACCCAUGGCUAUAGAUUGAGAAACCCACCCGCAGAAUUGCAAGCGCUAGCCGACAAGUAUAAUGUCAACGUUGGCCAGUUACUAAUUAAAUGGUCAUUAUCCAAAGGGUAUAUUCCAUUACCAAAAACCCAACGGGUAGAAAGAUUACAAAGCAACCUUUCGGUCGAUCAUUUCGAAUUGACCAAAGAGGAAGUGGAAAGUAUCCAACACCCCGAAGUUCACGAUCCAACCGACUGGGAGUGUACUGAUGCUCCAUAG